ACGCCCCUUUUUCCUCGGUCCGCUCCUCAGUCUCCAGAUCCUCUCUCUCUCUCUCUAUCUCUAUCUCUCUCUCUCUUCAAAUUCCGGCAAAGAAAAAUCGGAAAUGGUCAUCGUCGGGAAGCUGACGAAGCUGAAGUCCGCCAUGAAGCGGUGGCCCUCCUUCACCAAGACCACCCGCAGCCCCUCCAACCAGGUGACCGCCGCCCCACCCGCCGCCGCCGUCGGCGACCACGGCGGCCACAACCUCCACGCCGUCUACGUGGGGAAGUCCCGGCGGCGGUACCUCGUGAGCUCCGAGGUCACCGCGCACCCGCUGUUCCGGGAACUGGUGGUGGAGGAGGAGGGCGGCGGAGGGGGGUUCGUGGUGGCGUGCGAGGUGGUGCUGUUCGAGCACCUGCUGUGGAUGCUGGAGAACAACGCGGCGGAGGAGGGACAGCUCCUCGGCUCCAUGGACGAGCUCGUCGAGUUCUACACUUGCUGAUUGAUCGAUCGAUCGAUCAUCAAUGAGACGGAAAACUCCAUUCCAUUUUCUUUCUUUCUGCUUUUUCGGAGAAGUUUAUGAAAAAUCUCUGUUGUAAUUAAAAGAUUAAUUCUUAGGGUUUAGAUGAUAAUCGAUGGUGAUUAGUGAAUGAGAGAAGAGACUGAUUGAUUUUUCCCUCCAAAGGGUGAGGAAUAAUUUCUUUCUUUUGUACUUUUUGUUGAGGAUGAUAAAUUUAAUAUAUGAUGAUAUUGAAUAUAAUUAGGACUGUUAUUAAGGUCUUACUAAGAAA